AUGCAAUUUAACGUUGGUGCGACUGCCCGGCAUGAUGUAAUGAGAGAAAUGGAGAUUCCUGCUGGCUGUUUUACUGAAGCUGGGAGUGAGAGGAAGAACAACAAAAGAGUAAAGCAAGCAAAUACAAGAGCACAAAAGAGAUUCAAGGAAGCAAGGCAGAAAAUACGACAGGCUAAAUUGGUGGAGGAAGCAAGACUGAAAGCUCGGGAAGGCAUAACAUAUGAGAGCGCAGCAUUUAAUGAGGAUAAUAUCCAGGGUUCAAGAAAAAGGAAGAGGCAGACUGGCAAGGAAACUGGUAAAAAGGGAAAAAGCAAACUUACAAGAAAGAAAUAG